GUAUAAUUACGUAUGUACAUAGUUGGCAAUAGUUGUGUACUACUGUCCAUACAACUUUAUACUCGAAUCCAAACGUUUUCCCCGAGAAAUACAAAGUAUAGAGUGUUGAAGAGUGACUGCUAAUCAUUCUCCAAGAUCGUGAAGCCAUAUAUCACCCUACUAACAAUUUUUUAGUCUCUAUCGAGAGCCCUGACCUUACCAGAAAAAUGCCGACCCUUCAUCUUUACGAUCACUGUCCCUAUUGCAUCCGAGUGGAGCUGGCCUUAGGAUUGAUGGGUAUCAAGUAUGAUCGCGUUCUGUAUGGCUAUGGAGAUAUGACUGGGCCAACCAAGCUGGUAGGUAAGAAAAUGCUACCCAUCUGGGAAGACGAUGCGGGCAAGUUCCACGUAGAGUCUAUGGACAUCGUUUCGCUUCUACAGAGUUAUGCCACUGCUGAGAACCUUUUCAAGCCAGCAAGUAAUCGGGCCGACUUGAAGGAGUGGUGGUCGCGCUUCACACCUGUAUACUCGGGUUUGACUCGACCAAGGUUCCCAAGAUUACCUGUGAAGGAUUUUGCCGAGAAAGCUGAUGUGGACUACCACCGCAGUAAAUACGACAAGCAGAACGUCGAUCUAAAUAUUGAAAUGUCCAAGACAUCCGAAUACAUCAAGGCGAUGUCGGCGCUAUUGGAAGAAUUUAGUGAGAAAAUUUUGUAUUCGACCGAGUGCAUGACUGAAGGCGGUGUAUCACUCGACGAUAUCAUAUAUUUGCCCUGGUUCCGGAAUCUCACUGUUGUCAAAGGCCUCGAGUAUCCGACGAAGCUUGAGCAAUACACGUCUGCUGUAUGUGCUAAGGCCAAUGUUGAACUUUACAAACAGUACAAGAUGUAAGAAGCAUUUUUUUCAUAUUGAGAAAAUAAACCUAAGGCUUGCCACGGCACAGAUCCGCAAUGCUCUCAUCAGUCUGGGUACACCAAUAUAGUCGAUCAUGAGACAGAAUCUGUUUAGCUCCUUUAACUGACUUGUACGAGACGAGCAUACAAAAUGAAGAUGGAAUAUGUCGUUUGCACCAAUAUAAAGGUUUGUGAUAGAAGUGC